AGCAGCACCAAGAUGGCCGGCGCUAUGGAGGAGUAUGAGAAAGAAGCUGGCUGCGUCCCGAUCCUCCAUCCAGAGGAAAUUAAGCCCCAGACUCAUUACAAUCAUGGCUACAGUGAGACCGUCAGCCGUAAGAACCACGUGGACGACUACAGCACGUGGGACAUCGUCAAAGCCACGCAGUACGGCAUCUUCGAGCGCUGCAGGGAGCUGGUGGAGGCGGGCUUCGACGUCCGGCAGCCAGACAAAGAAAACGUAACGCUCCUCCAUUGGGCCGCCAUUAACAACAGGAUAGACCUGGUCAAGUAUUACAUAUCAAAGGGAGCCAUAGUGGACCAGCUCGGGGGAGACCUCAACUCCACACCUCUGCACUGGGCCACAAGGCAGGGCCAUCUAUCCAUGGUGGUGCAGCUCAUGAAAUAUGGCGCAGACCCGUCCCUGAUCGACGGCGAGGGCUGCAGCUGCGUUCACCUGGCCGCCCAGUUUGGACACACCUCCAUUGUGGCCUACCUUAUUGCAAAAGGGCAGGAUGUGGAUAUGAUGGAUCAGAACGGCAUGACCCCUCUGAUGUGGGCAGCUUACAGGACACACAGCGUGGAUCCCACCCGGCUGCUACUGACCUUCAACGUCUCCGUCAACCUGGGCGACAAGUACCACAAAAACACGGCGCUGCACUGGGCCGUGCUAGCAGGCAACACCACGGUCAUCAGCCUGCUGCUGGACGCCAACGCCAACGUAGAUGCUCAGAACAUAAAGGGGGAAACCCCGCUGGACCUGGCCAAGCAAAGGAAGAAUGUGUGGAUGAUCAAUCACUUACAGGAAGCCCGGCAGGCUAAAGGCUACGACAGCCCGUCCUACCUGAAAAGACUGAAGAUGGACAAGGAGUUUAGGCAGAAGGUGAUGCUGGGAACGCCGUUCGUGAUCAUCUGGCUGGUGGGUUUCAUCGCUAACCUGGACAUCGACUCGUGGCUGAUCAAAGGCCUCAUGUACGCCGGCGUCUGGGUCUCCGUGCAGUUCCUCUCCAAGGCUUUCUUCGACCACUCCAUGCACAGUGCCCUCCCUCUGGGAAUCUACCUGGCAACCAAGUUCUGGAUGUACACCACCUGGUUUUACUGGUUCUGGAACGAUCUCCCCUUCGCCACAGUCCACGUGCCCUUCCUGAUCACCACGCUGUUUCUGUUCUACAACUUUGGCAAAUCGUGGAAGUCGGAUCCUGGAAUUAUCAAGGCGUCAGAAGAGCAGAAGAAGAAGACCAUCGUGGAGCUGGCUGAGACGGGCAGCCUGGACCUGAGCAUAUUCUGCAGCACCUGCUUGAUACGGAAGCCCAUCCGGUCCAAACACUGCGCCGUGUGCAACCGCUGCAUCGCCAAGUUCGACCACCACUGCCCCUGGGUGGGCAACUGCGUGGGAAGUGGAAAUCACCGCUACUUCAUGGGCUACCUGUUCUUUCUGCUUUGCAUGAUCUGCUGGAUGAUUUACGGCUGCAUUUCCUACUGGAAGAUCCAUUGCGCCACCAGUUAUGCCAAGGACGGGUUCUGGCUGUAUCUGACCCAGAUCGCCUCCUGCUCGCCCUGGAUGUUCUGGAUGUUCCUCAACAGCAUCUUCCACUUCAUGUGGGUGGCCGUGCUCAUCAUGUGUCAGCUCUACCAGAUCGCUGCUUUGGGAAUCACCACCAACGAACGGAUGAACGCUCGGAGGUACAAGCACUUUAAAGUCACGGCCACGUCCAUCGAGAGCCCCUUCAACCACGGCUGCUUCAGGAACCUCAUCGACUUCUUCGAGAUCCGCUGCUGCGGGCUGAUCCGGCCCGUGGCCGUGGACUGGACCACGCAGUACACAAUAGAGUACGACCAGACGUCCGGCUCCGGCUACCAGCUGGUGUAGAGAGGAGAACAGGAGAGGGGCAGCCCCCCCCCCCCACACCCCCCCAGCCCCCAUCGGCCUUCAUAUCUGAGCUGCUCUUCCUGGGAGCGCUGCUUUUCUUUUCUUUCAUUUUGGAGUGGGAGGUGGCAAAGACUUUUUUUUUGGGGGGGGGGGGGGGGUUAAAGCAAGACAAGCAUGCAGUUACGGGGCGGCACCAUCACCCCCACCCCUGGGCCCCCUCACCACCACCACCUUUCUUACUAUCCUAGUUACUCGUAUCAUCAUCAUGCGUGUGGUCCUCUCCCCCCCCGACCCCGGCCCCCCUCCCGGCCCUCUUGGACGGUACGAGCUGCCAAACCCCCCCGGAGAGGAGAGGCCUGCGGACCACAGGAUUAGCCCUGCAGACGCCGCCAUGGCGCCCCCCGCCCCCCCCCCACACCUUAUUUAUGGUCGAUGUGCCCCGUACGUGUCGAUGUCCCAUCCGGAGCUGAUGUUUCUGUGAUAUAAACUGUGGUUAGAGGAGCAGAGGACCCCCCCUCUGCUCCUUAGUGCGAUAGGAAUAAGGGAAUGUCUUCUUUUCUUGAUUUUGCACCAUGAUGAACUCUGACGAGCCGGUGGAGACUUUGCCAAUGUUGCUGAACUUAUCAGAGGAAAAAAGUGCGCCGGGGUUGGCGGCCGGAGGGAAAUCCCACGAGAGUUUCCUCCGACUCCCAACCCCAGCGCAGAAUAUCCAACAGACAAUGUGAUACAGGUAUAUUUAUUUUAAAACUAUUUAUAGAUGAAGUAACUAUGUUCUAGCGACGUCAUUUUUCUGACAUUUCACACCAUUUUAGCUGAGUAGGUUUUAUGACGGGAACUAUUAAAGGAGUAGCCGUGUACCGGUGGAGCCCGGGAACUUUCCAUCAGCAGGUACCGCUGGGUGUGUUUGUUACCGGCAGGUAGGAAGCAGAAAAAACACCCCCCCCUCCCCGGGAAAGAGCCGUUUACUUACAGGAAGGCUUCAUUCCUCGUAUGUUCUUCUUCUCCAGAAGCUGUAAAGUCUUAUUCGUGUCGUGUCUUUUCGUCUGCCUCCGAUAUUGCACUGAUCAACUUUCUGUUUGUUGGUUUUAUUGUUGAUGUUUUUUGACUCGGCUGCCACUUGAGGAAGAGGGACGCCCCCCCGGCCCCCCCCCCCCCACGCCGCUCUCUCCUCCUGGACGGACUGAGAUGUAAAGAAUGUGCAUUUGUACAGAAACAGUUUUAUUUUUCUUUCUUCUUUUCAUCCGUGUUAGUUGAAGGUGCUCCUCUUCUUCUUCUUCUUCUUCUUCUUCUCUUUCUUUUUUAACGGAGAUUCCCUCCGAGGACGCGGGAGCGACUAGUCCACAUACGACUGUAGCUUUUAGUGACGUCCAACACUGCUGUCUAUAGGCAUUUCAGCCCCCCCCCCCCCCUCAUCCAUCCAUCCCUCUCCAGCAGAGAGACCGCUGCAUGUCUGGCCCGCUGCCGUCGCCAUGGCGACAGCCUAGCAAGCUCCUGUCUGUAAAUAGUGAACGUUAAGUAUUCCUAAGUACUUUCCUUCAUUAUGUUGGGUUCUCCUUAUCACAUGCAGUAAACGUAGGGGGGGGGCAGGCAGGCGGGGACACGUGUAAAAUAUUUGAAUGUUUCAUGCUUGUGGAUUCUGUUGUCGUUUCAAACGUGUUUGUUUUUCCUCUCUUUUGAACUGGGCGUGUCACGCGGCUGGCUUUGUUAUACCACUGGAUGUACAAAUUGUAAAUCAAAGACACUACAAAACCUGAAGCAAGACAGCCAUUCCCUUUCUUUUUUUACAUUUCUUUUUUCUAAAAGGUGAAAAUGUGAUCAUGCAAUAGAUGUACAGGGGAGAAGGGAGGAUUUCCGGGGGUCACGCCGCUGCCCGGGCAGAGAGCCCCCCCUAACCCCCCUCAACCACCACCACCCGCAACCAGAAACCAGUUUAGUUUUAGGGCAGAGUUGACGGCGCCAGGCUCAUCCAGGACCUGAGUUCACACCCUCAGAAAACACGUCAGUUCCACACUAGUUCUUCCAGCAGCCUGACAGGCUUUAGUCUGCCCCGUCCCCCGACCCCGACCCCUCACCGCGUGGGAGAAGGAAAGAAGAGGAAGAAACCCAAGCACAUGAUCAUCUCCAGUGCCUCUCUGCCCACCUCCAGACACCACUGUUAUCUCCGCUUCAGAUGUAAACAUAUGGGCAUGGUUCAGUUUUAAUGGCUUUAAUAAUAAAAUACAGUCAAAUGUG